AGUUUCCAAACAUUAUAUCUGUGUAUCACAAACCCAAAAAAUAACAAUAAUCACCAAAUAGAUCAUACUUUAACUUGGAGACUGAAAUGAUGACUUCCAAUCUUCACUUUAUUAUCAUACCUCUAAUGUGUCCAGGCCAUCUCAUUCCAAUGGUGGACAUGGCCAAACUCAUAGCACAACAAUCUGUCACAGUCACUAUUGUCAUCACACCCCGAAACGCCGAAAGAUUUGGCUCGGUCCUAGACCGAGCCAUCGCUUCCGGCCUUCCUAUCCGAAUCCUCAAGCUAAAAUUCCCAGCCUCAGACUUCGGGUUACCCGGAGGAUGCGAAAGUGUAGACGAUUUGCCCACAUUUAACCUUUCCAAAAACUUCUUUGAUGCAUCUGCUACUCUUAAACAACCACUUGAAGAGAUGUUUAACGAACUUAAACCGAAACCGAGUUGUAUCAUUUCUGAUAAAAAUUUAUCAUGGACAUCAGAUGUUGCUGAAAAGUUUCAGAUUCCUUGGGUUAUUUUCGAUGGAAUGAGUUGUUUCACUCAGUUAGCUACACAGUAUAUAUGUGUUUCCAAGGUUCAUGAAAAAGUCACUGAUUUUGACCCGUUUAUCUUGCCCGGUUUGCCGGAUGAAAUAUCCAUGACUAAAUCCCAGUUGCCCGGAUUGUUCAAUCCUGGCAACAGUGCAAAAGCGAAGGAAUUCAAAAAAGUUCGAGAGAAGAUUCGAGAAGUCGAGUUAGGAGCAUAUGGGAGCAUAGUUAACAGUUUUGAAGAGCUGGAAACACGAUAUAUCGAUGAAUAUCGAAAACUGAAGAAUGGUAGGGUUUGGUGUAUUGGCCCGUUUUCGAAUUCCAACAAGAAUGACUUGGAUAAAGCUCAGCGUGGAAACAACGGUUCACUUAACGACCAUUCGUGCUUAAAAUGGCUCGAUUCACAAAAUACAAGGAGUGUCAUCUAUGUAUGUUUAGGCAGCCUUACACGGUUAACGCCUCUACAGUUUAAAGAACUCGCUCUAGGCCUAGAAGACUCGGGUUAUCCGUUUAUUUUGGUAGUGAAAGGUGGAGGUAAAACAGAAGACAUAGAGAAAUGGUUGGCUGAAGACGGGUUUGAAUCACGAGUGAAAGGAACAGGGGUUUUGGUUCGGGGGUGGGCACCGCAAGUGCUAAUCCUGUCACAUAGGGCCAUGGGUGCGUUUUUGACCCAUUGUGGUUGGAACUCGACGAUUGAAGGGGUUUGUGCCGGUUUGCCAAUGAUCACGUGGCCUCAAUUUGCGGAGCAGUUUUUUAACGAGAGGGUGGUUGUACAAGUUGCGGGUACGGGUGUUGGAGUUGGAGCUCAACGAGUGAUGUAUUUAGAAGAGGAAGAUGCGGUCGAGAUUCAAGUAACAAAGGAGGAUGUGUGUAAGGCUGUAAGGAUAGUUAUGGAUGAUGGAGAAGAAGGAGAAGAAAGACGGAAGAAAGCAAAGUAUUUUAAGAAAAUGGCUGAGAAAGCAAUUGAAGAUGGAGGAUCAUCUCAUCUUAAUUUGAAGUUGUUCAUUGAAGACAUCAUGUUACACACAAAUAAGGGCCUUGCAGGCUAAUCAAGUUGUAGAAAAUUGCUAGUCAUCAUUUCUAUAUCAAGAUUUAUGUUCUGAUUCUUAUUUUGAUUAGUAAUCACAGUGUUUAAAUUUCGAAA